CCAUUUUUGAUAAAAAAAAGUUGAGAUAAUAUGAGAGCGAAAGUGGGUUUAUGUUUGUCCGUUACAGUUAAUUUAACCCAAUUCCCAAACCCAAUCGCAUAACCCCCAAACACCGCGCACGAAAGCGACGUGUUUGCUCGUUAAUUCGCCGUCGCCGUCGCCGGAAUUUAGUCUCACACUGUCGCGGAUGGAGGCUCCUGGAACGCCGACCCGGAACUCCGCGCCUGCCCGGUCGUCGUCCAUGAUCGAAUCGAUACGCGGCUGCUCGAUUUCCGGCGUUCGAAUCCACAGGGAGGAGCUCAAGCGGAAGAUCACAAUGCCGGAGUACCUCAGGGUCGCCGUGAUGGAGGCGAUCCGAGCCAAGGACGCCGAAGCCGCCGUCGUGCUCCAGCUCUACGAGUCGAAUAAGGCCAAGGAUGCCGAAGCCGCAGAGCCGCCUGAGUGCCCGCUCGUCGUCUUCAUCAACCCCAAGAGCGGCGGACGCCUCGGUCCCGAGCUCAAGGCCCGACUCCAGGAUCUCAUGAGCGAGGAACAGGUUUUUGAUCUUUCAUCUGUCAAGCCUCAUGAAUUUGUUCAGUAUGGGUUAUCUUGCUUGGAAAAGUUUUCUGCUCUUGGUGACACCUGUGCAAAACAUAUCCGUGAUAACCUCAGAAUCGUGGUAGCAGGAGGUGAUGGAACUGUUGGCUGGGUCCUUGGCUGUGUUGGAGAACUUAACAGUCAACUCAGACUGCCGCUUCCACCAACUGGAAUUCUUCCACUUGGCACUGGAAAUGACUUAUCGAGGAGUUUUGGUUGGGGCGGCUCAUUUCCUUUUAAUUGGAAAACAGCAGUUAAAAGAACCCUGGACAAGGUUACCCAAGGUCCCAUAGCUCGUCUGGAUAGUUGGCACAUUUUGAUAUCUAAACCAGCUGGCGAAGAGUUGGAAAUACCUUAUUCUCUCAAGCCAACAGAAGAAACCCCACUUGAUGAGGAACUAGAAGUUGAAGGAGAAUUGCCAGAGCAGGUUAAUUGCUAUCAAGGAGUCUUCUAUAAUUAUUUCAGUAUAGGAAUGGAUGCCCAGGUCGCUUAUGGUUUCCACCAUUUACGUAAUGAGAAACCAUACCUUGCUCAAGGUCCUAUCUCAAAUAAGUUAAUCUACUCUGGUUACAGUUGCAAGCAAGGAUGGUUCUUCACACCAUGCAGCAGCGAUCCUGGUUUAAGGAGUUUGAAGAACAUCUUGAGAAUAUACGCUAAGAAGGUCAAUUCUUCCGAAUGGGAGCAAGUCCAUGUCCCUUCAAGUGUGAGGUCUAUUGUUGCUCUAAAUCUUCCUAGCUACGGAAGUGGUAGAAAUCCAUGGGGCAAUUUGAAGCCAGACUAUUUAGAGAAGAGAGGAUUUGUUGAGGCGAGUGCCGAUGAUGGGUUACUAGAAGUUUUCGGUUUCAAACAAGGAUGGCAUGCUUCAAUGGUUAUGGUAGAAUUGAUUUCUGCUAAGCACAUAACACAGGCUUCAGCUAUUCGAUUCGAGCUUAGAGGUGGAGAAUGGACAGAGGCAUACAUGCAGAUUGAUGGCGAACCAUGGAAGCAACCCAUGAACAAGGACUUUUCGACAUUUGUGGAAAUUAAACGUGUACAGUAUCAAUCUCUUAUGGUCAAGGGAGACUAGCAUCGACUACCAUACGUUUUCUAUUGUUUGCUGGGGUAUUUCGACAAAUAUUUAUUCUGAUACACAAUGAAUUCAAUGUUGUACAGCUCAUUCCCUCUUUUAACCUUGUAUCUAAUCUAUUCUUUGGAGGGAAGGUGUUUAUAACUGCUCUUUUGAAUUCUAUUUUCAUGUUGAAAUGUAUUCUCUCCAACCAAGUGGAAUGAAGAUUGAAUGAAACGAAGAAGAACUGGUUUUGUGUGCA